CACUGUUCAAACAGUCUCCCCAGCCUCCAGACACCUGUGCCGAGGAGGAGGGCAGGGCGGGCGGCAGCCUGGGCACAGGCCCCUAGGUGCUUAUUCCUCAUCUGUUUCCCACCUCUCCCCAUAGCCAGCCCCACGACCCUGGCAGGGUCCUGGCCACAGCAUGCCCAGUGCUGGGCUCUGCAGCUGCUGGGGUGGCCGGGUGCUGCCCCUGCUGCUGGCCUAUGUCUGCUACCUGCUGCUCGGUGCCACUAUCUUCCAGCUGCUAGAGAGGCAGGCGGAGGCUCAGUCCAGGGACCAGUUUCAGUUGGAGAAGCUGCGCUUCCUGGAGAACUACACCUGCCUGGACCAGUGGGCCAUGGAGCAGUUUGUGCAGGUCAUCAUGGAAGCCUGGGUGAAAGGUGUGAACCCCAAAGGCAACUCCACCAACCCCAGCAACUGGGACUUUGGCAGCAGUUUCUUCUUUGCAGGCACAGUCAUCACCACCAUAGGAUAUGGGAACCUGGCACCCAGCACAGAGGCAGGUCAGGUCUUCUGUGUCUUCUAUGCCCUGUUGGGCAUCCCGCUUAACGUGAUCUUCCUCAACCACCUGGGCACGGGGCUGCGUGCCCACCUGGCCACCAUUGAGAGAUGGGAGGACCAGCCCAGGCGCUCCCAGGUACUGCAAGUCCUGGGCCUGGCUCUGUUCCUGACCCUGGGGACGCUGGUCAUUCUCAUCUUCCCACCCAUGGUCUUCAGCCAUGUGGAGGGCUGGAGCUUCAGCGAGGGCUUCUACUUUGCUUUCAUCACUCUCAGCACCAUUGGCUUCGGGGACUAUGUUGUUGGCACAGACCCCAGCAAGCAUUAUAUCUCAGUGUACCGGAGCCUGGCAGCCAUCUGGAUCCUCCUGGGCGUGGCGUGGCUGGCGCUGAUCCUCCCACUGGGCCCCCUGCUUCUGCACAGAUGCUGCCAGCUCUGGCUGUUCAGUCUGAGGCAAGGCUGUGGAGCCAAGGAGGCUCCAGGCAGGAGACCCAGGGGAGGCUCUACAGCAGCAAGAGGAGUCCAAGUCACACCCCAGGACUUCCCCAUAUCCAAGAAAGGACUGGGAAGCUGAGGACCCACGGACUCUUCACACAGCCUGGACGCUUCCUCCACUCCAGGUAGAGGGAUUUCGGGGGCCUUCUCAGAAGCAAGGAGUGGACAAGCCUCUUGGUUAAGGCUCCUCUUACCUCCCAAGCUCAUGGACAAGUGGCAAUCAGCUGGGGUCCCUCCUUUGGGGUACAAAGGAAAGGACAGAGGUGUGGGAGACCCAAGGUGGUCUUGAGAUUGACAGACAGCAAGUCCUUGGAGAUAGCCCCCAGUCCAAGAACUUAGGCAGGGGCCCCAAGACAAUAAAGCUGGUCUCUACUAUCUCCUA